GUCAUGUUGUUCAGCUCCAGCCUCAGCCGUGUCCAUUGAAAGUCGGAAGUUGUUUUCUAGUUAGAGAAACUUUACAAAAUGGCAGAAGACAACUCUUAUGAGUCCAUGCUCUGCGUCAAGCCCGAGGUCCACGUUUACAAGAUCCCUCCGCGCGCCUCUAACCGUGGAUAUCGUGCUGCUGACUGGAAGUUGGAUGAACCUUCAUGGAGUGGAAGGAUGAAAAUCACUGCGAAAGGCAAGAUCGCUUUCAUAAAGUUAGAAGACAAAAACACAGGAGAGCUGUUUGCACAAGCUCCAGUCGACCAGUAUCCAGGUUGUGUGGUUGAAUCAGUCACCGACUCCAGCCGGUAUUUUGUGAUACGGAUAGAGGAUGGCAAUGGACGUCAUGCUUUUAUUGGUCUGGGCUUUGCUGAUCGUGGAGACUCAUUUGACUUCAAUGUUGCUUUACAAGACCAUUUUAAAUGGGUGAAGCAAGAGGGUGAGCUCGCAAAAAUGGAAGCUUCUGAGGUCACAGCCCCGAAGCUGGACCUGAGCUUCAAAGAGGGCCAGACAAUCAAGAUCAGCAUUGGGAACAUCAAGAAAAAGGAUGCGGGUGGUGUCAAACCGCGGGGGGCGGUUGGAGGUCUGCUCCCACCCCCACCAGGCGUAAAGGCUGGAGGCAUGGUGCAACCUCCUGGAGGACAAGAGGCAGUCCCAGCUGUUCAAACUAACACGGACACUCUUUUAGACUUCGGUUCCCAAGUCCCUGCAGCCCAGCCCAGCUCGGACGGUUGGGGGGAUUUCACAUCGGCAGGUUCCAACUCCAGUAAAGAUGCUGUCAAAUCAGGAUGGGUGCAGUUUAGUUGAGUUGUGAGAAAAUGUGCACACACUCAGGUUCCACACAUUCCAUGGGCCGGACCAUUUUGGCAAAAAGAAAAAGAAACUAAAAGAGAGGAACUGUUAGUAAAAACUUGACGUCCGUCACUGCUUUUGUUCUGUAAAGAGUCUGUUUAUGUUGACCAUAGCCCGCUGACCAACACAUUCUGAUGGAACAAACAGCUAAAUGUACAGAAUUUCGACAAUAUUUUGACAGUAUCUUUUCAUACUCUAUGCUAUGCAGUGAGGUUUGUCUUUUGAUUUUUAGUCUGGUAGCCUCUAAACUGUCAUCGUUAGAGACUCUGCUCUCUCAGAAAAGUGAGGGUACUGAUGGUUGAAGUUCAAGGUUGUUUCCUCACACUAACAGGCGCGCGUCCACCGCUUUAAAUCAACUGCCCCUUUAUUUUAUUUCUACUUUCUAGUCAAUCUGUCAAAAAACAGAUUUGAAUCAUAUCCCUCUAUUUUUUCUUCAGCUGUCAGUGUAGAAUUUAUCUCAUUACACCAGCACAACUCAUCUCAUAAUUAUCUGAACCAUUUGGGAAUACACAAUGAUUUACAAUUGAAGUAUAUAUGUUUUGUUUAGCUUGUCUGUGAGUGUGUUAGUGAUAUUACAUUGAAGUUUAAUUAGUUAGGCCCCGGGCACAGAAUGGUGCACAUAACAUGGUCCAAACAUGCUCGCUGUGCGAACAAUUAAAUAUUUUCUGGGUCUUGCACAUUGGCAUGGCAAAUGGCUCGAUUGCACAGUUUAAAAAUUCAAAGAUCCCUGCCUGAACUUUGCUCUAGAUGUAUGAAAUUCAGGAGAUGUGUCUAUUAGGCAGAAGCCUCUUGGAGCUGUACGCUAUACCCAACAGGAAAUUUCCCAUUUUGAAUUUAUCGGUCAAAUCUUAGGCUUUUUAUUUGCCAUUUAUACACUCUGUACUUUGAUGAAUUCGUUGUAGGGAAUUAAUUUAUUCCUCAAUUUUGUUCAGUCUAAUCCUGAUACUUUCAUUGUAAUCAAAUGCAGGGGGUUUUAGUUUCCGGCCGUUGCGCAGUGGGAAAUUUAGUUUUUUUUUUUUUUAUUUAAAGAAAGUCCAAUUGCCCAUGUACACUUACUACAUACAAUAACCUGGAUUAUUGACAAUCGUCAGUCCUUCAACAAUCUCUCAACUCCUGAAGAAGGUGGAGAGGCCUGCUGUCAAAGAGGGAAAAAAAGCUGGACGUGGUGCCAGGCUUUUUGUACGGGCGACUUUUCAAAGAGGAAGCAAAUCAUUUCUGCCUUCUUAUAAGAAAAGAAACCAUUAGCAACUCACGACAAGUCAUUUCUGUAAGGGAUAUUUCAUUGUCCCCAGAAAUGAUUGUGAUAAAUGAUAUUGUAAUAAUUUUGGAACCAGUUCAUACCACUGAUGAUAAUAUUAUAGCAUAUUCAUAAUUGACCUUUCAAAGACCAAUGAACUUUGAAGUCUUGAGAAAAUUCCGUCUGACAUUUGAAUUAGAAAAUAUUCAAAUGGAGAAAAUAAAAUAUGAUUAAAAUAAACCACAAACAACCAAAACAAUAAUGAAAUGGACACUCUGGCUCUGUUAACAAAAGUCCCCUCAUUUUCUUCUCCUCAAUGCUGUUGACCUCUGAUGAUUUGUAAAGCCUCUGUCCCCCUGUCUGUGUGGCUGUUAGCCUGGUUGUUCAGCCACCAGAUUAUCAAGGACCAGAAACAAAACAAUUGGGUCUGGCAAGAUGCCUUGGUAGUGCCCCCUACUGACCCUGUUGGGUACAUUUCUCCUUGAUUUAUGAAAUGUGGUAGACAGAUAAAUCAGGCAAAAACUUAAAGAAUGCCCAUUGGCUCCACAAUUUUGGAUGAUGUUUAUUUGAAAAUGUUAGGGUCAUGUCAAUUGUAGCUCUCGUAUUUACCCUGAGGCCUGUGAAUUACCAGGUUUUCUUUUCUUACCCAUCCCCAAGUAAAGUCAUAAUUUGUUCUUAUUUUGUCACCUCCCCCCUCUCCUUUGUCUUGGGAUUAUGGUGAAAUUUCAUGUGUAUAACAGUCAGCACUACUUGUGAAUUCUCAUUGUUAGUAUCUUUGUCUCUUUCUUCCCAUUCUGUUGUCAAUCUACUUGAAAUGUUACACACCGUCCUGUCUCCAUUUAAAAAGCAGAAGUUUUGUAGAUUAGAAGUAGAAUAUUGUUUCACCUACACGAUCUAUCCAAGGAGCGAGGGCCCUUCAAUACUCCUCGCACCUUAAACUUUAUGUUGAUGUUUUAAACCGUCAUCAGAAAUACAAUUUGUCAUCACUGUGUUGGGAUGGAGUCGUGAUCGCCAUUUUGUCUGUGAUUCAAAGUUUGAAAAUGGUUGUCUGUUCAUGUUUGUUUACACCCUCCAUGUUUUCUCCUCGUGUUUUUUUUUAUGUGCCUUUUACCAAAUAGAAUUUUCCUUUAUCUUGUUGAUAAUUUGCAACAAGAGUUUGAUCAAGUGCCUUUCUGAAAAAGAUCUACAACUUAUAAAAUGUUAUGUUUCCAUGUAAAUAAACAGUGAAUUUCAUUGGA